AUGGUUUCUUCACACCAUGCAUAUCCUCCCCUUGAUGGAUCUCUGUUACUCCCUGAAUUGCUGGAAUUCAAUGCGCAGCAUAAUUCGGAUGUCAUUUUCUUUGUCUAUGACAAACCUGGCAGCGAUGAAUUAGUGUCUAUCUCCCACUUGGACUUCUAUCAAGCUUGCCAUCGUGCCGCCCAGCGAAUCAGACCAGAUCGUGCAGGCGCAGACAGAGAAAUCGUCGCCCUUAUUGGGAAUACAGACACCCUCCUGUACCAGACAGUAUUCAUGGGUAUCAUCUUAUCUGGGUUGCUUCCAUUCCCCAUGUCCCCACGUAAUUCAGCAGCGGCAGUGGUCAACAUGAUGCAGAAAACAAACUGCCAUCGUUUGAUGACGACUCGCCAAAAUCUCGGUACCCUGAUUGAUGGGAUCACAGCGGAUUUCGUGUCUCAGGACACUGAAAGGAGUCAGCUGCAGAUCGACGAGUUCCCGGCGCUAAAAGACCUGUACCCCGAACUCGCCAGGGGUUCUCCAAACAAGGCUUUUCUCCCAUAUCCUUCCCCAGCUUCACGGCCGUCUGAGAACGAUAUACUAUUUUACCUACAUUCCUCGGGCAGCACUGGCUUCCCGAAACCCAUUCCGAUUACUAACCUGACUGUCAUCCACUGGUGCUUAAGCCCAUGCAUUCUCGACCAGAUCGAGUUUCCUCGUCCAAUCCGCGUUGGUUCUGCGUCCUUGCCAUCAUUUCAUAUCCUUGGUUUAUAUAUUCAGCUACUCAUGCCGGUCGCCUCCCUGAGUAGUGUGUCUAUCUACCCACCCACAUCCUUCCAAGACCCUUCGGCGGCCCCUAUAAUACCCAACGCGCAAAAUAUCUUGGACUCUGUAGUCAAAACGAAAUCGAAUGCUAUAGUGGUCGUGCCCAGCUUCCUGGAGCAAUGGGUGUUAUCGUCGAAUGCUGUCAAUAUCUUGAAGCCGCUAGAAUAUGUUGUCUUUGCUGGCGGUCCGCUCGCACCUAAGAUAGGAAACAGAUUGGUGGAUGCAGGGGUCAAGCUGUCUUCUCUUUACGGUGCUACAGAAUUCGGGGACAUCACAUAUUUCUUCCGAAACGAGGUCGAGCAAAAGCUGUGGGACUGGGUGCGAUUUGGACCAAACUCAAAGAUCAGGUGGGUUCCUCAGGACGAUGGUACAUAUGAAUGCCAAGUUUUGACAAUUCCGACGCAUCAAGUGUCAGUAGAAAAUCUCCCGGACAUCAAGGGGUUUGCCUCUUCGGAUGUAUUUAUCAAGCAUCCGACGGUCGAGGGUAUGUGGAAGAUCGUAGGAAGGAUGGAUGAUGUAUUGGUACUCUCGUCUGGAGAAAAGACAGUACCAGCUCCCAUGGAGAGUAUCAUCGGCGCCAACCCCUGUGUGAACGGCACGGUCAUGUUCGGCCGUGGACGCAACCACGGGCAUGAAAUCGACGUCGAUGACGAGAAACAGCUUGCUGAGUUCAGGAAUCGCGUAUGGCCGGACAUAGAGGAAGCGAAUCAAGAGGCUCCUACCUUCAGCAGGAUCUUUAAGGAGAUGGUUCUCGUGACACGCAGCGAGAAGCCCAUGCUUCGAGCUGGAAAGGGAACUGUAACUAAGAAAGCAACCGUCAAGUGGUAUGAGGAAGAGAUCAAUACCUUAUACGAAAAGGUAGAGGGCAGCACCAGAGCAGGCAUUGAUGUGCCUUUGCCUACGAACUGGACUGCGGACGACGUCGAGAACUGGCUCAUGGUUCACGCCGCUGCUGUGAACGCCGACAAGUCCGUCGAUCCUGAUGCUGACUUUUUUGCUCAAGGCUUCGACAGUCUCUCCGCGACAUUCCUCAGAAACCGCAUCCUCGGUUCCCUCAGGUCGUCACAAGAUCACGACGUCCAGAUAUCAGCAUCACGAAUCGACCAGAACAUCAUUUUUUCAAAUCCUUCGAUUCGCCAGCUCGCGAGGAGCGUCAUCAGUGCAGUAUCACCGCGAAAUUGUCCAAGCGCUGUCGAUGCCAAGACUUGUAUCGAGAAUAUGAUUGAGAAGUAUUCAGUCGGAUUUGGGAGCUCUGCCAAAGAUAACUCCGUCACUCUGGUUGACGGACGCACUCAAGGCGGUCAUGUGGUCAUCUUGACUGGGUCCACGGGUGGUCUCGGCUCAUACCUGCUUUCAUCUCUGCUUCAGCGCGAGGACGUGGCUGUGGUAUAUGCCUUCAAUCGUCCAUCAAAGGACGCGGCAUCCAUCGAACAACGACAGAAAAGUGGUUUCGACGGUCGCGGUUUGGAUGUUACCCUUCUGCAGUCGGAGAAACUGGUGUACGUAACAACUGAUACCUCUCAUGAUGACCUGGGUCUGGAUAAGGAUCUGUAUCAGAAGAUCUGCGCGUCUGUCACCAUCAUCAUUCACAACGCUUGGCGACUCGACUUCAACCUGGCGCUGUCAUCAUUGGAGCCUCAAGUACGGGGAACGCGGAAUCUUAUAGACCUCGCAUUAUCUUCUCCGCGCCACUCAAAGCCACGUUUCAUGUUCACCUCUUCUAUUUCAACUGCUCAAGGCUGGGAUAGAGCAAAGGGACCUUUCCCGGAAGAAGUGCAGUACGAUGCGGGCGUAGUCGCAGAAGGCUUGGGCUACAGCGCAAGCAAAUACGUUUGUGAAAGGGUCCUCGUGAACAGCAAGUUGCCGGCAACCUCAUUUAGAAUCGGGCAAAUAACUGGAGGGCCCCCACGAGGAGCUUGGUCAACAACGGAAUGGCUGCCGAUCAUCGUUAAGUCGAGUGUUAGUCUAGGUGCGCUUCCUGAAGCCCAGUGGCUUCUAACCUGGAUCCCUCCCCACGCCGUAUCAAAUGCUAUUCUUGAUGUGGCUUUCGCGGAAGAAAAACCUCCCGUUGCGGUUAAUCUCGUGCAUCCGAGACCGAUAACGUGGGGGGCAGUAAUGCGGCCUAUUGCGGACGCCAUGGCUAGGUAUAAGGUCACAAGUAUCCCGCUGCCUCUCGUUCCAUUCUCGAAGUGGCUUGAAAAGCUCGAAUCGAGUGCCAAGGACUGCGAGCGAGGAAAAUAUCCAAACGUUUUCCCACCCGAUCUUCGAUUGCAGCCUGCUAUCAAGCUUCUGGACUUCAUGCGUUCUAUAACUCGAUCAGACAUCGCAAUCAGGGCGUCUGGCGAGAUGCGCUCAGAAGCGGGUAGCUUUCCUCCAUUUGCCACGGAAGUGGCUCAGCGCGUCAGUCCGACGGUCAAGGAGCUAGAGCCGCUGUCGUCGGCAGAUGCAGUACAGUGGGUGAACUAUUGGGCGGCGGCGGGGAUGUUUCAAUGA